CCUGCAUGAGAUCUGGUGAGACAAGCUCCCUAGUCAGAGCAGAAGAGACACCAGUCCUCCCAUCAUGCCACUUGAGAGGGGUGCAGAUGUCUGACUGAAAACAUAUGUUAAAGAAGCAGAGAAACCCAGCUGAUAUCAGAUGACACUGGAUAUUCUAUCGAAUGAUUACUAAUUUACUGGAGGGCUCUUUAUUGCUGAGUAAGGAAAAGACAAAAAACAAGCUUGGCGACAGGAUUUUCUACUUCUUUGCUGGUGAAAGUCUUGUCAGCGACGAUGGCGUCCACAGGUCUCCAGCUGAUGGGCUUGGUGCUGGCUCUGCUGGGUUGGGUGUGUGGGGCGCUGGUGUGCGCUGCUCCACUGUGGCGCGUCUCUGCCUUCGUAGGUGGAGAGCUGGUGAUUGCACAGGCGGUGUGGGAGGGCCUGUGGAUGACCUGUCUCUCUCAGACCACAGGUCACAUCCAGUGUAAGACCUAUGACUCCACCUUGGCCCUUCCAAAGUCUUCCCAAGCAGCUCGAGGCCUCACCGUCAUCUCCCUGCUCCUCUGUGUGCUGGCUGUCAUUCUCGGGGUCUUGGGGGCCAAGUGCACUCACUGCAUGGGCACCAGCAGCCAGAGCUCCAAGGCUAGGCUCGCCAGGAUAGCAGCGGUACUCUUCAUUGUAGCUGGCCUUGCCUACUUGCUGCCCAUCUGUUGGACCGCCUACGCCACAGUCAGAAGCUUCUAUGAUCCAAACGUUGCAGCUCCUUUAAAGAGAGAACUGGGGCCGGCGUUGUACCUAGGCUGGGGGGCCAGCCUGCUGCUCCUGGUGGGGGGAGCCCUGAUGCAUGUCGGCUCCUCUGCUCCAGGAGAAAGAGCGCUGCCUGUUUUUGGAGCAGCAGGGAAGGCUGGCACAGACGCAGGGUCAGCAGGAGAGGGGAAGCAACAGGAAAAAUCUUUUGUAUGAGAUCUUUUUUUUUUAGAUGUGCGAGUUUAAAAAUUCAACCACAAGUUCAUGGAAACUAUAAUUAUUGACAUAACCAAUGAAAUCUAAAUGUUUGGUUCUUUGUUAUGUGAGGAUUUCAUUUCCAGUUUUACUUGCAGUCCUUUCAAAAGAUUUACGACACAAAAAACUGCUGCGUUAAAAAUAAUUUGUAAGUCAGACCUGAUUCGUAUGUGAAGCAAGCCAACCUUAGAUAACUCACCAGGGCAGGGUUUAUAUCAACAAGUUGGGUUCUGAUUUUUGUAACCACAAAACUGGAUUAAAAUGACUAAAAUGUUGAGUUGAAAAGAAAAUUGCCUUGGUAGAUAAUUACAAUUUGGGUCAAUGUAAACGUCAACUAGCACCAACCAAUGCUUUUUAGGAACUCAUAUAMGGGGCAACAAGUGUAAAACGCAAUGUUUUAUAAAAAUGUCGCUAACACUUUUAAAGUUAAAAACUUUUAUUAUUUAGCUCAAUGUCCUUGCUAAUUUUAAUUAAAUGCUUAUUUUAAAUGUUAUGUCUAAAUAUAAAAUCCUAAAUCUAGAUGUAAAAGUUCACUUGUCAUUAAAUGUUGAAGUUUACAUUUAAGUAUUUCAGAAUAGAACAUGUCUCUGCUGUUGGUGCUUCAUCUUAUGAAGACAUAAUCCUGCGAAAAUAAAAUAAAAUAAAAUAAAAUAAAAUAAGUGGAAAUUUACAUGUCAAGUGAGCUAAAUAAUAAAAACAUGUUUUAACAUUUUAUUUUACACUUUUCGCCCCAUACCCAAGCAGGUUAAAGUUCUGAGCAAAGUUGUUUUUACUGCCUUACCUUUGCUUAUUACAUUCUAAAGCUGAAAUCCAAUCAAAUUUAGAUUUAAAAUAGCAGACUGUGAAGAACAACACAGCUCAUCUCCAACCCAACCACUGGGUCAAACUUUAUGACCCAAUGUUUGGUCAAACCAACCCAAUUUACAACUUUAAGGAUUUAAGUAAUCAAAAUAACCUUGCAGUUUUUAGUGUGCUCCUUUAUUUUUUUCAUUGGAUUUUCUUUCUAAAGCUUUAACGUUGUGGUUCACUUCUAAAGCUCACUUAACCUGAAUGUAAACAUAUGAAAUGGUUUGAUGUGUGACUAAACACACAAAAUGGAUUCUAAUCUAAUAAGUGUUCCUUUAAGGGGUUUAGGAUUUUCUAUUAAAUGUGGGAGGAAUUUCAAUGGUUUGAUGCUCACUAAUAAAUUCAACUUACAUUU